AUGUUGCUGUGCCUAGCAGCCCUUGAAGCAUGGCUGCAGCUUCCCAUCGAUGACAACACGUAUGGCGAGGAUAUUGUGCUUAAGGCCAAUGACUGGCAUGCGUCCCUUGUGCCUGACUGCAUGGGAGCUAAGUAUCGGCCAGGGGGAGUCUACUUGGUUGCCAGGAGCAUCUUGGCGAUCCACAGAUGGAGGCACCAGAGGGUCAGGUCAGCUGGACAUCUGCAAGGAUUGAUGUUUUGCACACACCAGCCCAUGCCAUUGAUGCCAACGAGGGGAUCGUUGGGUGCAGUCUUCGAUAUCAGUUCACUCUGA